CCGAAUAAAUUAGACAGGAAUCGGCCGGUGUCGUUGAAGUGCGUUUCGAACGGCUGGCGGACGAGCAAGGUCGAGGCUCCUACUCGGAAUAAAAAUGAAGGUGGCACAGCUGGCGCAGCGACGAGCAACGAUGCUGCUCGCGAUCGCUGUUUGCAUGAUCGGGAUCGCCGGCAUCGGAUGCGAUGCCUCGCAGCCGGAAACGCAGGCGCCGACCGGAAGGAUCCGCGGCUCUAUUCUGGAGUCGAACCUCCGCCGGAAGAUUUAUUCCUUCCGCGGCGUGAGAUACGCCGAGCCGCCCACGGGGCCGCGACGUUUUCAGGUUGCCACUCCGGCGGCCGACUGGAACGAUGUUUUCGACGCGUCCGAGGAAGGCCCCAGCUGCCCGAACGUGCGCCGAUCGCAGCCGACGUCCGAGGACUGUCUCCGAUUGAACGUGUACACCACGAAGCUACCCUCGAGGACCGAGAAUGUCAGCAGACCGGUCCUCGUCUUCUUCCACCCUGGAGGGUUCUACUCAUUCUCCAGCCAGAGCCUCUUUUUCGGGCCCCAAUACAUCAUGGACAAGGACAUCGUGCUGGUCACCGUGAACUACCGCCUGACAUCCUUAGGAUUCAUCAGCACCGGCGACUCCGCUGCGCCAGGGAACCUGGGCCUGAAGGACCAAGUGCUGGCGCUGAGAUGGGUCCAGAGGAACAUCGCUGCCUUCGGCGGAGACCCUAACUGCGUGACCAUUAGCGGCUACAGCGUCGGCGGCCUCAGCGUGAUGCUGCACCUGGUGUCCCCGAUGUCCAAGGACCUCUUCCACAGGGCCAUCGUGAUGAGCGGAUCACUGCUGACCACCGAACCCUAUCCGACCGAGCAGAAGCAGCUCGCUCAAAGACAGGCUACCCUUCUCAACUGUACCACUGGCGACAACCAGGCGAUGAUCGACUGCCUCAGGACCAAGCCUGUCGAGCACUUCACGGACUCCAUCCGCGAUAUGUUUGAUUGGCACGGUGAUCCUAUAGUGGUAUGGUACCCGGUCGUGGAGCCUUCCCUUCCGGGAGUGGAACGAUUUUUGCCGGAUCAACCCGUCAAUUUAAUCAGACGAGGACAUUUCCACCAAGUCCCGACCAUAUUCGGGGUAACCAAGGACGAGUUCGGCGGCGUGGUCGUCUCGUUCGAGAACCAGACCAAAGCAGGAAACAAUUACUACGGCGACAUGAACGACAACUUCGAUCGCAUUGCGCCGAUCAGUUUCAUGUACGAGCGCGGAACGAACCGAUCGAAGUAUAUCAGCGACCAGUUACGCAGCUUCUACUUCCGUGGGAAGCCGAUCGAUUCGGAGAGCAGGAACGGUCUCGCCGAGCUGUACGCGGACAGCGUGAUUAUAUUCUCGAUGCACCGAGGCGCGAAACUGGUUGCGGAGAACUCGAAGAAACCGGUGUACUUCUACGAGUUCGCUUUCCAGGGACGCUACAGUUUCGUCAGAUGGAAUGCGAGCACCACUUACGGUGUGGUGCACCACGACGAUCUGCAGUACCUGUUCUUCAUGAAGGCGAUCUUCCCGUUCUUCGAGAGCAACGCGCCCGAGAUCCCGAUGGUGGAGUUGUACACGUCGAUGUGGACGAACUUCAUGCAGACCGGAGAACCGAUCCCGAAGGACGGCCCGUACAAGCACAUCGUCUGGGACAGGUUCACGUCGCAGAAGGACAACUACCUGGAGAUCAAUGUGGAGCCGACGAUGAGAACCGGCCUGCACCCUGCCAGAAUGCACGAAUGGGAGACGCUGUUCCCGCUGCCCCCGCUGUCUUGCCCCGUCGCUGUUCAGUGCUCGCGCGAGCACCGGUCGAGCGCGACACAGCCGAAGCGAUCCAACGCUUGCAGAACUUCCGCCGAGAAGCAGAGCUUUCGCAGUCGAGACACGCAUCGGAACGAACGCGGGAUGAGGACCGCUUUGUUAAUUUUCUUCUGCUGUUGCGCGGCCAGCAUCGUCGCCGCGCAGAACGCGACCGAGGAGAAACCGGUGCUGGUGAACCCGCCGACUGGGCCCAUUUGCGGCUCCAUUUUGAACUCGAGAUUGGGCCGGAAGAUCUACUCGUUCCGCGGCAUCAGAUACGCGGAGCCGCCCGUCGGACAACAGCGUUUCCAACCGCCGAUUCCCGCAGCCGAUUGGCAGGACACCUUCGAUGCCAGCGAGGAGGGACCAAGUUGCCCUUAUCCGCGGGCCGAGAAACCCUCCGAGGAUUGCUUGCGGUUGAACGUGUACACCACGAAACUGCCCUGCGAAGGCGAGACUGUAUCGAGGCCAGUGAUGGUGUUCAUCCACCCCGGUGGCUUCUACAGCUACUCCGGUCAAAGUUCGUGGUGGGGUCCGCAGUACAUCAUGGACAAGGACAUCGUUAUGGUUUCCAUCAACUAUCGCUUAGGGUCCUUAGGUUUCCUGAGCACCGGCGACAACUUGGCGCCAGGUAACAAUGGUCUGAAGGACCAGGUGAUAGCUCUCCGAUGGAUCCAGAGGAACAUCGCUCACUUCGGUGGCAACCCGAACGCCGUCACUCUCGUUGGCGACAGCGCCGGCAGCUUCAGCAUCAUGUUACACAUGGUGUCGCCUAUGUCUCAGAAUCUGUUCCACAGAGCUAUCUCCAUGAGCAGCUCGGCGAUGGCGGCGGAUGUCUAUAGCGGCAUCUCGAACUCGGGACAGAAAGAGCUGGCUAAGAAGCAAGCCGAGCUGCUGAACUGUCCCACCGACACCACCGGCUCCAUGUUGCUCUGCCUGAACACGAAGCCUUUCGAGAACUUCAGUGACACCCUGUCUUCGAUGUUCGAUUGGAAAGGCAACCCGAUCCUGCUCUGGCAUCCGACGGUGGAACCCGAGGUCCGUGGUGUCGAGAGAUUCCUGACCGCUCAACCGUACGACUUGAUCAAGCAAGGAAAAUUCAAACAGGUGCCGUACAUACUCGGCGUCACGCAGGAUGAGUUCGGAGGAGUAUCCGUUGCUUACGAGCUCGACUACAGGAGAAAUGGCACGUCCUAUCAGGAACUGAACGACGAGUGGUACCGCCUCGCUCCCAUCAUACUCUUUUACGAACGCGACACUCCUCGAUCGCACCACAUCAGCAGGGAACUGAGGAACUUCUACUUCCAGGACAGGCCGAUCAACUCGGCUACCAACAAAGAAGUUGGUCUGCUGUACGGCGACGGCAUAAUUAUAUUCCCUAUGUACCGGGCGGCCAAGCUGUUCGCUACCUACUCCAAACAACCGGUGUACUUCUACAAGUUCACGUUCAAGUCGCGCUACAGCUUCCAAAUGUGGAACGCCACCACGCCAUUUGACGGUGUGUCUCAUCAAGACGACCUGCAGUACCUGUUCUGGCUGAAGAAACUCUUCCCGUACUUCGAGAGCGACGCGCCGGAAAUCCCCAUGGUGGAGAUUUCCACCUCCAUAUGGUCGAACUUCGUGGAGACCGGCGAACCAAUACCGAGGAACGACGAGAAGUUCCGAAACGUGACGUGGGACACGUUCGUGCCGUCGCGAACCGAUUACCUCGACUUGAAUCUACAUCCGACUAUGAGGACGGACUUCUUCCCGGAGAGAAUGCGUUUCUGGGAGAGGCUGUUCCCUCUGCCAUCCGGGCCGCAGGGCGCGAGCGCGAAAUAUGGCGGCUCGCACAGCGUGAAACACUGAGAACUUCUCGAACCGAUUUCGUUUCGAUCAACGCGACUAGUCUUCUGUCCAAAGACGAAGCAGUAUAAAUAUAGCAAGAUGCAGAGAU